CAACACCACAACGAGGAACUUAAGUAAGUACCUAGGUGUUCUAUUUUUCCUGCCAAUAUGCCCUUGCUAAUGUCUCCAGAAAAAUCGGAGCGGAACAGCGGGCCAAGGAUCAAGCUCAUCAAAAACAAUUAGAGACUCUUCGAAGGGAAGCAGCCAAGGCCGCAGAAGCGAUCCAUGCUGAUUAUCGUGACAAGCAAGCGGAAUUGCAAAGACAACUUGACUACGUCCGUAAAACUGCGGAGGCGGAGGCCGCACGUAUUCAGCGACGAUCCGAGGCGGAAAUGGCAGACCUUCGGGCCACGAUUAGCCGUCUCGAGGUUGACCUCAUGAAGGCAAGCAAGGCAAAAACUGAGGAAUUGCACGCCGCUCAGGAAGAAUAUGCUGCCAAGCUAUCGGCUGAGCAGUCGAAGACGAAAACAGCUGAAGAGCGGUGUUCGAAGCUUGAGAAGGAAUUAGCACAGAAAGAUAAGCAAUUGUCGCAAAAGGACGAAGAUUUGGAAGAGUCCCGCGCACAGUUGGAAGAAAAGGAGGAGCAGAAAUCGGCCACUCAAACUGAGCUCGAUGAUCUUCUAAUGGUCUUUGGCGACAUAGAGGAAAAGGUCGAGAAAUAUAAGAAACGACUCAUCGAUCUAGGCGAGACCGUGUCAGAUGGUGAAGAUGAAAAUGAAGACGAUGAUGGCGAAGAAGAUGAAGAUGACGAUGACGUUGAUUGAAUACCUUUACUUAGGUAUUCGAAAGAACCAUCAUCAUAAAGACCCAAAUAGUGCAUUCGUAGUUGAUCCGAAUCCAACUUGAGAGAAGACGUGAGUCGAAAUGAGUCUCCAAAUCUCAAAAUGCCUAUAUUCGACCUAACCCUUAGUAUGGGCAAUAAGGGGUGAUUGUAUGCAAAUAGCGCGUACUAUAUUAUUGAUAUUUGAUAUUUGAUAUGUAUUUAUCCGAGCCGCUACUGUACUUCGAUAUUUUUCCACAAUUGUAAGAAUUUCUUAGGAGAUUCGUGAUAUAUCAA